UCGAGGCAAGAUAGUCAGUCUACUGUGGUCUAACUGAAUUGCUUGACAGACAAAUAUUAAUGUAGUUUUUUGUUUAUUUUUGUGCAACUCAAUGUGUGGAACUUUUCGCCUUCAACUGUUGAGAUAUUGAACAUGAUGAAAACUCAUCUAGACAUGGAAAAUAAAGCUUUAUCUCAUGAUGAUCAGAGCUUGGAGGCAAACUUAAUUUCAUCCACCAGUAUGGGAGACGAACACAACGUAAUGAUAAUGGAAGAUUCCUUUGAUCCUUACAGUAUUACGGGGAUUUUAACUGUUUGCAAACGGGAGCUGCUGGGGCCGUAUAUGAGGUUUCUAAGCCUGGUGGGGCUGAGGCCCAUAAUUGGAGAACACAGUCAAUGGGGCUGUUGCGUUAAAUGGCUCAACGCAAUGUAUAGCAUGCAGGUCGUUAUAUUUCUGCUGCUGGGCUACUGUCUUCAGUACAUGUCCUGUUUUCGAAGAGAUCGAGGCUUCGGCAGCAUGACCUCAACCCAUUUGCACUCAAAACUGCACCUGAAGGCCAUGUAUGAAAAGAGCUGCACGGGUUCGCUCAGUUCCAGCUUCAUCUUCCCAAGCCUCCUCCAUUUCACCGGCUACCUGUAUGCUUCGGUUGUGUUUAGAACGAACGACGACAAUCAGCUGCCGGUUUUAAUCGAAAGGGUAUUUCUCACAUCCAGCCACCUACCAAACAUGCAGCUACAUCAGCGGCAAAUAGUCAAAACUCUCUGGACUUUCGUCGUAGGCAGUUUUGUUUGGAUGCUGGCCACUAUUGGCCUGGUCAGUUACAUGAUGGUUGAAGGGGAUGUUACUAUGAAAUGGUUCGAAGAUGGUCCGUUUCAAGUGCAAUUAACUCUAAAGAUUCUGCUAGUUGUGUGUUUGAUCUGGCAUGAUAUCGUUCAAGCUAGUGUAAUUUCCAACUACUGUCUACAAGCCCAACUGCUAAGAAGCUACGUACAGUUUAUAAGGGAAAAGUUGCUGCAACAAUCCAUUAGACCGCUCCAGUGGAUUCGAGAUAUUGAAGAGUUUCGCAAAUUGCUCACCUACUUGAAUCAAGAAGUCGCUCCAUCAGUCUGCAUUUUCACGCUUAUCAAUGGGACUUACGCAAUUUCCGGGACUUUAUGGCUGUUGGCCGCUCACUACGAGCUAUCGAAUGAUAUUGUGCCCAUUUACACUGGGGUGAAUAUCGCGAACGUCGUUCUUUGGUGGUUUAUUGCCGCAGCGCCUUUUGUACAAGCAGCCAGAUUAACAAUUGCCUGCAACAACAUGAAGACUGUUGGUCAAGAAGUGAUAACACGACCAUUCACCCACAUGAACACACCGUUUCAAGAUCUAAACUCUAUUUUGAUUUACACAGCCAGUCUGAAGAUCAAAGCCAAGCUGUUCAAUCUACCGAUAAGUGGGAAAUAUGUUGGGAUAUCAUUUGCCCUCUUGUCUGUCCUGUUUCUGGUUCUAAGCCAAAGUAACAUUCUAGAGAUUGCAUUUCAAAGCUAAUCUUUAUUUUAAGCAAUUUGAAUAUGUGACCACUAUUAGAGUGGCAGGCACGUUUUAGUGUUUCAGAAAUAGAAUAUUUUAAUUUAAGACGAAAA